GCACAACCAAAACACACAAACACUGCAAAAAUUCUAUAAACACAUAUAUUGAAAUGUAGUUCUAUAAAAUACAUAUUAAACACACAGGGCAGAGAUUAGAACACAAGUCACAAGUUUUUUCCUGGGCCAUCUCUCUACAGUGGCUUCCUGUCUUGGGAACAGGUCAGACUAGAUGACCCUUGGGGGUCCCUCCCAACUCUCUGUGUCCCUUAUCUGCCCUUGUUGCUAUCUAAAGUCCGUCAAGCCAAUGGCACGAAGAGGUGGGAUUCUGUUGCCCGCAGUUGCCAUGGAGUCAUUGGCCGGCGUUGUUGGUCUCUUGGCCAUCUCUACGGAAAGCCUUGGUGGCCCUUCGGACCUUGGAGUGACCGCUUGGACUCUCUUCUUCGGACAGGAGCCAAGGACAGUUUAGAAGGAUUAGAGAGGGAGGCUCUCUGUUGGACCCAUCGUGAUGUCAGUGUCUCCGUUCAAAGGUUCCUUCGCUCUCUGGAACUUGAACUACUUCAAUUCAGAGAAGAAACUCUCAGAUAAACUCCAGGAGAACAAGUUCUUCCCCUUCCAGGUGCAGCAGCCCAAAGUGUUUGUGAUGGAGUAUUACAAGGACAUGGUUUGGAAGGGAGCCCUGCUUUUUGUGAUCUCACUGGUGGGCACCGUCUUCUACUUCCGGACUGAAAAGCAGGGCUCCCAGGACUUCUCGGUCCUUUUCGUCUAUGCCAUGGUGACCGGCAUGUGGCUCAUUGCCAGCAACAUGAACAAGCGGCGGCUGAUCAUCAACCACGCCAAGGAGUACUACCAGUUCUACAUCAAGGGCAUCCUGUGGCAUGAGGGGCCCUUGCACCAGAUCUACGUCCGGAUCGUGGCCCAGAAGGAUGCUUAUGGCAAGCUGUUCUACAGCCUGAUCAUCAAUGGAUACCAUUUGGAGGUGCUCACCUUGUCGAACCUAUCAGAGAAAUAUGAGAUGUUGGACGUUCUGGGGCGCCGCAUCGCCCGCAACCUGAACCUGAACUACUUUGACUACCAGGACGUCUCCACGCGGCACGUCAUCCGCCACACGGCGCCCACCAAGGAGGAGGAGGAGGAGGUGGAAAACACCGACAUCAUCAGCGUCUGAAGGAGGAUGGACCUCGAGAUUCUUAGGGAGGUCUUCUCCUAGGUUUAAAAAAGAUUUAAUAUUUGUGUUUCCCCUGUUUUUAUGGGGUCCCGUGCCCCCCAGUUGAGUUUCCCACUGACAUCAUAUUGUGUUUUAUUUUAAAACAGGUAUUGCAGAGUCAGUCUCUUGGAGAAAGUUGAAGAAUGUCCUUCCAUAAUCUCCAGAGUGGGCCCACUGGACCAAAGCCUUCCUUUCUUUAUCUAUCUAUCUGUCUGUCUGUCUAUCUAUCUAUCUAUCUAUCUAAUAAAAAAGCCACAUACUUUU